AUGGGCGGCGAGGGCGGGCCUCGGCUUCCCGGCGGGCUGCGCGGCGGCCGGCGGUUGUCGGCGGGGCAGUCCGGCGGGCAGCGGCGGCUGUUCCGGCUGCGGCACAGCGGCGGACGAUGCAUCCCGCUGUGGCGCUGCAACCGGCACGUGGAGUCGGUGGACAAGCGGCACUGCUCGCUGCAGGCCGUGCCCGAGGAGAUCUACCGCUACAGCCGCAGCCUGGAGGAGCUGCUCCUCGACGCCAACCAGCUGCGCGAGCUGCCCAAGCCCUUCUUUCGGCUGCUGAACCUGCGCAAGCUGGGCCUGAGUGACAACGAGAUCCAGCGGUUGCCCCCCGAGGUGGCCAAUUUUAUGCAGCUGGUGGAGCUGGACGUGUCCCGGAACGACAUCCCCGAGAUCCCGGAGAGCAUCAAGUUCUGCAAGGCCCUGGAGAUUGCAGACUUCAGCGGGAACCCCUUGUCUAGGCUCCCCGAAGGCUUCACUCAGCUGCGCAGCCUGGCCCACCUGGCGCUGAAUGACGUGUCCCUGCAGGCGCUGCCCGGGGAUGUGGGCAACCUCGCCAACCUGGUGACCCUAGAGCUCCGGGAGAACCUGCUCAAGUCCUUGCCUGCGUCUUUGUCUUUCCUGGUCAAGCUGGAACAGCUGGAUCUGGGAGGCAACGAGCUGGAAGUACUGCCUGAUACCCUCGGGGCGCUGCCCAACCUCCGUGAGCUGUGGUUGGACCGGAACCAGUUGUCAGCACUGCCCCCGGAGCUGGGGAACUUGCGACGUUUGGUAUGCCUGGACGUGUCGGAAAACCGGCUGGAGGAGCUGCCCGCGGAGCUCGGCGGGCUCCUGCUGCUCACCGACCUGCUGCUGUCCCAGAACCUGCUGCAGCGGCUUCCUGAUGGCAUCGGUCAGCUGAAGCAGCUGUCCAUCCUGAAGGUGGACCAGAACCGGCUCUGUGAGGUGACCGAGGCCAUCGGCGACUGUGAGAACCUCUCUGAGCUAAUCCUCACGGAGAACCUGCUGACGGCUCUGCCCCGCUCUCUGGGGAAGCUGACCAAGCUGACCAACCUCAACGCGGACCGGAACCAUCUAGAGGUGCUGCCACCGGAGAUUGGAGGCUGCGUGGCGCUCAGCGUCCUCUCCUUGCGGGACAACCGCCUGGCCGCCCUGCCGCCGGAGCUCGCCCACACGGCUGAGUUACAUGUGCUAGACGUGGCCGGGAACCGGUUGCAGAGUCUGCCGUUUGCGCUCACCCACCUCAACCUCAAGGCCCUAUGGUUGGCUGAGAACCAGGCACAGCCGAUGCUCCGGUUCCAGACCGAGGACGACGCUCAGACCGGCGAGAAGGUGCUCACCUGCUACCUGUUGCCGCAGCAACCUCCGCCCAGCCUCGAGGCCCCAGGGCAGCAGGGCAGCCCUUCAGAGAGCUGGAGCGAGGCCCCGCCCAGCCGCGUGAGCGUCAUCCAGUUUCUGGAGGUCCCCACGUGCGGCGACGAUGCUGACGGGGCUGCUGCUGAGAAGCGGGGCCUGCAGCGUCGGGCCACGCCUCACCCCAGCGAGCUGAAGGUGAUGAAGAGGGGUGUCGAGGAGCGCCGAGGCGAAGCCCACGCCCGCCAGCCGGAGUCCAGGCCGCCCUCACCCCUGGAGGAGGACAAGAGGCUGAGCACCGGGUCUGGUCUGAGUGAGGACUCGCAGCCGUCCGCAGGUACAGCCUCCCAGGGUGAACCCGAGGGGCCGCUGGCCGAAACACAGGGGCUGAGCCAGCAGGAAGCCGCCGCCAACACCCAGGAGGAGGCUGCGGAGGAGACUUACGAGGAGCCCACGGUGCGCUUCGCGGAGGACACACUGCUGCUGCCCCCUGGGGAGGACGGCGAGAGCGAGGAGGGGCAGCUCGCGGCACCCUGGCCCCUGCCCGGCGGGCGACAGCGUCUUAUCCGCAAGGACACCCCUCACUACAAGAAGCACUUCAAGAUUUCCAAGCUGCCGCAGCCCGAGGCGGUUGUGGCUUUGCUGCAGGGAACGCCGCCGGACGGGGAGGGCCCCGUGGGGCCCGCGGCCUGGCACAACGGCCCCCACACGCCCUGGGCUCCUCGGGCCGAGGAGGAGGAGGCCGAGGAGGAAGAGGAGGAGGCCGAGGAGGACGAGGAGGAGGCGGCAGUGGCUGAGGAGGAGAAGGAGGAGGCUCUGGUGUCUGCACCCUCCAUCAAGGGGGUGUCGUUUGACCAGGCCAAUAACCUGCUGAUAGAGCCCGCACGCAUUGAGGAGGAAGAGCUGACGCUCACCAUCGUGCGGCAGACGGGGGGCCUGGGUAUCAGCAUCGCUGGUGGUAAGGGCUCUACGCCCUAUAAGGGUGACGACGAGGGCAUAUUCAUCUCUCGGGUGUCCGAGGAGGGCCCUGCAGCCCGGGCGGGCGUCCGAGUGGGUGACAAGCUCCUCGAGGUGAACGGCGUGGCCCUGCACAGCGCCGAGCACCACCAGGCUGUGGAAGCGCUGCGGGGGGCCGGCGCCACCGUGCAGAUGCGCCUGUGGCGGGAGCGCAUGGUGGAGCCCGAGAACGCGGUCACCGUCACGCCUCUGCGGCCCGAGGACGACUACAGCCCUCGGGAACGGCGGGGAGCUGGCCUGCGCCUGCCCCUGCCCCUGCCGGAGCCCGCCGGGCCCCCCCGCCAGCGCCACGUGGCCUGCCUUGUGCGAAGCGAGAAGGGGCUGGGCUUCAGCAUCGCCGGCGGGAAAGGCUCCACGCCUUACCGGGCUGGCGAUGGGGGCAUCUUCAUCUCCCGCAUCGCGGAGGGGGGCGCCGCCCAGCGGGCGGGCACUCUGCAGGUUGGCGACCGUGUCCUCUCGAUCAACGGGGUGGACAUGACUGAGGCCAGGCACGACCACGCCGUCUCCCUGCUGACCGCCGCUUCCCCCACCAUCGCCCUACUGCUGGAGCGGGAGGCCGGGGGGCCCCUUCCCCCCAGCCCUCUGCCACACUCCCCCCCCCCCCCCAUUGCAGCCACCACCGCCGUGGUCACUGCCACCCCUGGGGACUCUGGGCCGCUGAGGCUGGCCUCUAGCCUGCUGGCUGCUGCUUUGGAGGGGCCGUACCCAGUGGAGGAGAUCUGCCUGCCGAGAGCCGGGGGCCCUCUGGGGCUCAGCAUCGUUGGGGGCUCCGAUCACUCCAGCCACCCGUUUGGUAUCCAGGAGCCUGGCGUGUUCAUCUCCAAGGUGCUCCCACGGGGCCUGGCUGCACGCAGCGGCCUUCGGGUUGGGGACCGCAUCCUGGCAGUGAACGGGCAGGACAUUCGGGAGGCCACGCACCAGGAGGCAGUCAGUGCCCUGCUUCGGCCCUGCCUGGAGCUGGUCUUGCUCGUGCGGAGGGACCCCCCGCCCCCGGGCAUGCGGGAGCUCUGUAUCCAGAAGGCCCCCGGGGAGAGGCUGGGCAUCAGCAUUCGAGGCGGCGCCAAGGGCCACGCAGGGAACCCCUGUGAUCCCACAGAUGAGGGCAUCUUCAUCUCCAAGGUGAGCCCCACGGGAGCGGCCGGGCGCGAUGGCCGGCUGCGGGUGGGGCUUCGGCUGCUGGAGGUGAACCAGCAGAGCCUGCUCGGCCUGACACACGGCGAGGCUGUGCGGAUGCUCCGCGGCGUCGGCGACACCCUCACCGUGCUCGUGUGUGACGGCUUUGACACCGGCACCGCCGUCCCCACCGAGGUGUCCCCGGGCGUCAUUGCCAACCCCUUUGCGGCAGGCCUCGGCCGCCGGAACAGCCUGGAGAGCAUCUCCUCCAUCGACCGGGAGCUGAGCCCCGAGGGCUCCAGCAAGAAGGAGCUGCCGGGACAGACCCCGCAGUGGGGACUAGAGGCCGUGGGCCAGAGCUUGGAGAGCCUCAAGCUGGACUACCGCACUCUAGCCGCCGUGCCCAGCGCUGGGGGCACGCACAGGGUACUGUCUGGGGCGACAGGAGGGAAGAUGGCUGAGGGCCCCUGCUCCCCCAGCUGCCAGCAGCCCCCAUCCCCACCCUCCCCCGACACACUGCCCGCCAACGUGAAGCAGGCCUACAGGACCUUUGCUGCUGUACCUGGCCCACACCCACCGCAGAAUACCCCUGCCCAGCCCCCCGCACCCGGGCCCACGGCCUCCCCGGAGCAGCUGUCUUUCCGUGAGCGGCAGAAGUACUUUGAACUGGAGGUGCAGGUGCCCCAGGCCGAGGGCCCCCCCAAGCGCGUGUCACUGGUGGGUGCUGACGACCUGCGGAAGAUGCAGGAGGAGGAAGCCCGAAAGCUGCAGCAGAAGAGGACGCAGCUGAUGCGGGAGGCGGAGGACAGCGGGCUCACCCUGGACCUGGACGGGGAGGCCCCCGAGGAGGAGGAGGAGGAGCCACCCGAGCCCCCAGCCUGGGCCGGCCCUGCCCCAGGGCUCAGCCCCUCGUCCCCGCAGCCCCUUGGGGGCGGCGCCCCGGUGCGCACAGCCAAAGCCGAACGGCGCCAUCAGGAGCGACUCCGCGUUCAGAGCCCGGAGUUGUCCGUGCCUGAUCGGGCUCUGUCCCCUGCCGAGCGGCGCGCCCUGGAGGCCGAGAAGCGCGCACUGUGGAGGGCAGCCAGGAUGAAGUCCCUGGAGCAGGACGCUCUCCGUGCGCAGAUGGUCCUCAGCAAGUCCCAGGAGGGCCGGAGCAGGCGCGGGCCCCUGGAGCGGCUGGCCGAGGCCCCCUCGCCCGCACCCACCCCGUCGCCCACUCCCGUGGAAGACCUCGGGCCCCAGACCAGCACCUCCCCCGGACGCCUGGCCUUGUCUGGGAGGAAGUUUGACUACAGGGUGUUUGCAGCCCUCCCUUCUUCCAGACCUGUCUAUGACAUGCAGUCCCCAGAUUUUGCUGAGGAGCUGAGGUCCCUGGAACCAUCUCCCAGCCCUGGCCCGCAGGAGGAGGACGGAGAGGUGGCCAUGGUGCUCCUGGGCCGGCCCUCGCCCGGCGCCGUGGGCGCUGAGGACGUGGCUCUGUGCAGCAGUCGCCGCCCCGUGCGGCCCGGGCGCCGUGGCCUGGGCCCUGUGCCCUCCUAGAGGCCCCGGGGGCCACCCCCGACCUGGGCGGGGCCCUGCCGGCUGCACCAGCACCCUUGCCCUGAGUCUUUUACCUGGGUGUUAGCAUUUUAAAGAGACCCCUCAGGAGUUCCGGCCGCUGACUAACUGCCCCCUCCCCAGCUGGGACCCGCUGGCAAGACUGUAACUAGUGACGUUUGUACAACCAAAGACUCUAUUUUGUGGUUUAAGAAGAAUAAAAUUGACUACGUUUUA